AUGGACGAGAGUGAUUCUGAAAUUAAAAUGUCGAGUGACGGCCAAAAUGAACCAGAAAAAACGAAAAUAUCUGCCAAAGGAGAACCAAUAAAAGAAUUUUCGCUUGAUUUGGAUGAGGAUGGCAUAUGGAGAACAGGUCCCUAUUCGAACAAAUUUUCAGUUAAAACGAUGAAAGAUAUCAUUGAAAACUGUGUGACAUCGUCAAAUCUCACCGAUUUUCGUUUGCCAGUGUUUUCGGAACCGUCAGUGAAAUUCGCAAAAUUUCGAAACGAAGAUCAUAAACUUUGUGAUGGACUGUCUUGGUGGAAGACAACGAAUGGUAGAAAAAUCCGUCCGAGACCCAGAAAGAUCGAAUACGAUGGAUGCUCUUACAGAUAUUACAAUUGCAUCAAUCCUAAUGAUGAUGCUUUCAAAAAAUUUGAGAUUUAUCCGGAGAAGGAAGAGUUCUUUUUCGUAGUAUACGUGUCUCAAAAUGGUCGAAUGGACUACGAUGUUCUGAAAUCAUCAAAACCUAACAGACUAACUGAAGCAGAGUGUCAAUUGAUUCAUCGGUCCCUGAAAGGAAGAACUUACCCGCCAAAUCAGAAACCAGAUGAAGUAUCAGCCGGAUUGUGUGAAGUCGAAGAGGGGCCGCAUAACCAGUUUGGAGCGAUUUAUCUCGAUUCGGACACACUGAAUCUUUAUAUGAAUAGUCUACCGACAAAACAAACUGUACUGGAAUAUAGAAAGCUUUUAACUGGAUGCGAAGAUUGGACUUCAGAAGAAGUCAAUGAUUUUUUAUCUUGUUACAGUCCGACAGCAAAUAGUGGGAUUAUUAAGCAUAUGGCUGGACAGUUACAGAUUGAUAGCACUUUUGAUUUGUCAGAUUGUGUUGUGACAACAAUCUCUGGAGAUAUAGGAGACUUCACAUCGCGCUGCAGCGGAAAAAUUCGCCAUGUUCUUUUAGGAUUCAUGAUUUCCUCGUCGAAAAAUGCACUAAAUCACAAGAGUUUUGCUCGCGAAAUUGACGAUUUCUUCCUGCAAGUUGAUCCUAUGCGAAAAAAAUCAAUUCCAUCACUGAUGACAGACGGCGAAGAAUCUUUUAAAUAUUACAGCAAGAUGAAAUAUUUGGAAGACACUCAAGUUCUCAGGUGUCUAGUACAUCGUCGAAACAACUUGACAUUCAUUCAAAGUAAAAAGAAUAUAAGCCAGUCAGAUUUGAACAAAAUUUUCGGAAGACAGAUUGGAGAUGAAGUUGAAAAUGGAAUUUUCAAUGUAAUGAGUUCAGAAGCGAUGGAAGCGGAGAUUGUCAAGUGUAAUUUUGCGCCGGCUCUAAAGAAGUGGUUGCUCGAUAGAAAAGAAGAUCUCUUUUCAACCCAUUCUCUCCGAUCUCGUCUGAUGGCUGGGCUGCUUCUAAACUAUGCAUCUACGAAUCGAAUUGAGAACCUUAAUUCACGAAUCAAAAUUGCGAUUCCACGAAAACUAAAUGGACGCACUUGCUUGGAUAAGCUGUUGGAAUUUAUCGAGGAUGAGAAAAAGGAAUUUUGCAAGUCGAUUUUGACUGGAAAGAGCGAGCUGAUCCGAUACGCGAAUUUCAAAAAAACCGGAAUUUUGUCAGCACAAAGUCAAGUUAAAGCUUUGCAAAAACAUGGAUUUCGUACUUUUUCGUUAUCUCAUGUGUUUGAAAUGCCGAAAACCGUAUGGAGAAGUGUGCCGAAACAGAUGAAAAUUGGAGAAGUCUUCAAUAAGAACGUAAUCUACCAUAAAUCCGGUCAGUAUCUUGUGGAGAAAGAUGACAAAUCGUUUUUUGUUGUGAAAACGACCGAAACAAAUAUCGAAUGCAAGGAUCCCAAGUGUGCUUCAAAACCUGCUAUCACUUGCUCACAUGUCUUCGCUGUACUCAGUACACUGCCAACGAAAAAAUGCCAAGAAGUUCUGAAUAUUCGCGAAAAGUUCUUGAUUUCACUGUCGAGGAGUUUGCAAAUCAAAUCAAUCAACGACGGAAAAGACGCAAAAAGAUACCCGAACCGGAAGUACUCUAAAAGGUCACAUAAUAACGGCGGGAGAACUGUAUCCGAAUUCAAGAAGGUCAAUAGAAAUGUCUCUGGCGAGUCUGAAAGCGGUGAUGAUGAAAGGAAAGCAGAUGGGAAUAUUUCUAGUGAUGAGGAAAAUGACAGUGAUUGUGAUGUGAAUAGCUUGAAUUCUAAACCCAAUGUCUUCGAUGAGUCGGGAGAUAUCGUCGAGGAUGAAAUUAAUUGUAAUUCCAAUGAUGAACAUGUCAAUCUAGUCCUUGACCCUUCUGUGGAUCACUUGAACUCUCAUGAUUCUUGCAUGGAUCUUUCUGAUGAUCCAAGAAAGUAUGACAGCGAUUCUGAUGAGGAGAAUGAUAUUUUCGGAUAUCAGAAUGUCAAUCCAGUGCCGAAGCCAUCAAAUCGUGUCUCGAAUGAUCAUAGUUCACAGAUCGAUCUUCGUGAUGUUCUUGGAGAAAAGGUUCUCGAGAAAGCCUGA